CGUCAUGUCGGAUUUAUGUAAACUACAACAUUGUAACAAAAUGGCGACUGUUUAGGUCACGUCAGUAAUGCAGGGCAGCACUGUUAUUUCUUACAACUCAACUGAUACAAGUCAAGGAAUUUUGUGACCUCAUUUGAAGAAAUUGUGUUCUAGGUCGUUGGGUAACAGUCCCAACCUUCAAGGAAUUUACAUUCGGGCUACUUCUGUCUUCUUUUGUGAGGUGACGUGAGUUACUACCUUGGAUGAAGAUUUACAGCAGGAUUGUAAAUGUGUUAAUGCCGAGGUGGAACAGUACCUCUAUGUUUUGUUGUUGUUGUCGUUGACCUUUUCAAGAUGUGCUGGAUGUACCAAAUGUUUCACAACAAGAGGGAAUCUCUAUGGGUAAUUUUUUCCUGAAUCUCAUCGAUUUAACCAUGGCGAAACUUACCAAUCCUCUAUAUACAGAGUGGAUUCUAGAAGCAAUACAGAAAAUCAAAAGGCAAAAACAGAGGCCUUCCGAGGAGCGGAUUUGUCAUGCGGUGGCUACCUCACACAGAUUGGGCAAGCGGACCGUUCUGGAACAGUUGGAUUUAAGUGUUCAUGAUGGUUCCAUUCUCAAAGUCACCAAUAAGGGGAACGUGUCGUACAAAGACCCCGAGCACCCUGGGAGAGGAUUAUUAUCAUCAUCGUCGCCAUCGUCGUCGUCGUCGCUCAAACCUGUAAGUGCAAACCUCUCUGUUCCAUCAUCUAAAGGAUCUAUAUGGAAACCGAGUGACCUACGCCACGUUGAUUGGAAUAAAGUCCUGAGGAGGGCCAUCGAGGGUCUGGACGAUAGCCGUGGUUCCUCUCUGAAGAACAUCCAGAGGUACCUAAGGAACCAGGAGGAUCCAUCACACGUCCAGGACAACCCAGGGUUCCAGCAGAGGUUACGGCUGGCCGCUAAAUGGGCGGUCAAAAACGGCCGGCUGGCGAAGGAUGGUCCGCGCUACAGGUUGAACCAGGGGGUUAAUGGAGCUGAGGGUAGGAGCCAGAGUUGUCCAGGUGCUUCCCCAUUGGCUCUUCUGUGUGUCACUCUUCUUCCACAUGAGAGAGACCAGCUACGCGCUGACCCCAUCCCAAUAUGCAGUUUCUGUUUGGGAACGAAAGAGUCCAAUCGGGACAAGAGGUCAGAGGAGCUUCUGUCCUGUGCAGACUGUGGAAGCAGCGGGCAUCCGUCUUGUUUGAAGUUUUCCCCAGAGCUGACCACUAACGUCAAGAGAUUGCGAUGGCAAUGUAUAGAAUGUAAAACAUGUAGCUCCUGUCAAAUACAAGGCAGAAACGCUGGAAGCCACCACACAGCCCCACACAUGCCUCCUGUCUCCUUGCAGGAUGAGAUGCUGUUCUGUGACUCCUGUGAUCGGGGGUUUCACAUGGAGUGCUGCGACCCGCCUCUCUUAAGGAUGCCAACAGGUACCUGGGUCUGUCAGGUCUGCAGGCCCAAGGAAAAUGGAAAGACAUUUCUGCAUAUGAAAGCCGAUCAGAUCAAACGUCGAUAUGCAAAGCCAAUCGGGAGGCCCAGAAAUAAGCUCAAACAAAGAAUGUCUGUAAGCAGUGGUGCCGGCUCCGUGCUAGCCCGGGGAGGAAGGGGGUCACCUGGUAGGGGUCAAAAGCUUACCGUCUGUUCCACACCUUCAUCUGGUCAUGCAGCAUCUGUGAAGGACGCCACAGACAGAUUGGCUGUUGCUACAGCUGACCCCUGUUGGACAGGUGACGCUGUCACCCCUCCUCCCCAAUUCACCACCUCCUCCUCCACCCUCUCCACCACUCCCCCCCUCACGCCCACCUCGCCCUCCUCGUCCUCCUCCUCCACCCCAGCAGCUAUACUCACCGUUAACAAGAAAACCAAAGGGCUUAUCGACGGGCUUUCCAAAUUCUUUACACCCUCGCCUGUCGGUCGUAGGUCGUCGCGAGCCGGCGAGAUCUUAGACCCCUCAGCCUCGAAAGGGUCACAGUCUUGUUGUCCUGCUAGGAAAAAGCCUGUCCCUCCGCCAGAACUAUGGAAGCUAAGUCCAUCUCCGUCAGUUGUUGUUGGCAUGGCUGCAAAGCUAACCACCACCACCACCCUAUCUCCCUGUACACUCCCCCUCUCUCCCCCACCCACGUUGCCUGGACAGGGCUCCACCACCUCCCAGGUAUUCUCCACCUCUGCUAACUCCCCCCAGAGUUCUUCCAGCCAGUCUAGCGUCCCCUCCCUUACUAUUUUGUCUGAUCACAACCAGCUUAAGGGACUCUUUGACGGACUCUCCCAUAUCUAUACCACUCAGGGACAGUCUCGGAAAAAGGGACUGCCUUGCUAUGCACCACCUAAGCGCAGGCACCAUAAGGCAUCCAAAACGUGUCCUCUCAUUCCCCAUCCUUCCCAGCAGCACCUUGGAAAGAAAGAGAGAAUAAAGAAUCGGUUGCUUUUGUUGUCCCAUUCAUCUCCUAACGCCUCUUCCCAUCCUGGGCACGGCCGGCCAAGGGGGCGCCCCUUUAAGUUGGUCAGUCAUUUCAGACGCAACCCCUUUUUUAAAAAGCACAGAAUGCUAGGCAGGCUAAGAUGUAGAAUGACCCCUCAGAAGGGAACCCAGGAAAUGACCCCUCAGAAGGGAACCCAGGAAACACCAGGAAAGGGAGACAUGACAGACGAAGGAAGAAUUAAGACAGAGCACCAUCAUGGCAGUGAAGUGGGGCUGAGGGUGAAGCAGGAACCUGGUUUUGUAGCCGUCUCCAGGGAACACGUCACAGAGGAAGACGUGGAGAUAUUCACACAGGUCCAAGAGCUCUCGUCGCAGAGAAAUGGAACCAUGACCAUCACUGACUAUGGACGAUUCCCUGCCUUCAUAGAGUUUGGGAAGUAUUGUAUCCAAACCUGGUACUCUUCUCCUUACCCACCUGAAUACUCGAGAUUGCAAAAGCUUUACCUGUGUGAGUUCUGUCUGAAGUACAUGAGAAGCAAAAACAUCCUACAGCGACACACCAAGAAGUGUGGCUGCUUUCACCCUCCGGCCAAUGAGAUUUACAGGAAGGACGACCUUUCAGUGUUCGAGGUUGAUGGAAAUGUCAGCAAGCUCUUCUGCCAAAACCUCUGCCUGUUAGCCAAGCUGUUCCUCGAUCACAAGACCCUAUAUUACGACGUGGAGCCUUUCCUUUUUUACAUACUAACAAAGAACGACGACAAAGGAUGUCACCUUGUGGGUUAUUUCUCCAAGGAAAAGCUUUGCCAGCAGAAGUACAAUGUCUCCUGUAUAAUGAUCAUGCCUCAGCACCAAAGGCAAGGCUUUGGAAGGUUCCUCAUUGAUUUCAGUUACCUUCUCACGAGGCAGGAAGGACAAGCUGGCUCCCCAGAGAAGCCUCUGUCAGAUCUGGGUCGCUUAUCCUACCUGGCAUAUUGGAAAAGUGUCAUGGUGGAGUACCUCUAUAAGCAGCCAGAUAAACACAUCAGCAUUAAAGGAAUAAGCAAGGCCACUGGGAUGUGCCCACAUGACAUUACUGCUACUCUCCAAAACCUCUGCAUGAUUGACAGACAGGACGGCAGGUUUGUGGUGAUCCGAAGAGAGCGAUUGAUCCAGAGACACAUGGAGAAGCUGCGAGUCACCCCCAGGCUGAACCAGGUCGACCCUGACGCCCUGCACUGGACCCCCGCUGUGGCCCUCAACUCUGUCCUGUCUGAGGAGGAGAGAGAGGCUGAGAUGGAUGCUGAGCGACUUAAGGAGCAGGCUAGUUGUUGGGAGAAGGAGGAGAGAGAGGUGGUCUACCUGAUGACUCACCCUCGUCCUCCCACUAAGGUCUACAGUAAGAAGCCCUACAGAACCUACCAGCGUCGCCCCGCCGCCGGAGAACAAGGCUUGCGUGUCUCUGAGGAGUGCAGUGAGGACGAUGAGGAUGGUUUUGAUUGGUCGCUACCCAUCCUAGCAAAGGCCCACACCGUACUUGGAGUCAAGAGAAAGAGAGAUGAGAGAGCUCUGGUCCUCAAGAAGAGAGGUCAGGAGAGGAGAGGGAUAAGUAGCAGUGUGACAACUGAGACCAUCUCGGAGACGACGGAGGUUCUGAAGGAACCGUUUGCCAACUCGUCGGACGAGAGGCCCCUGUUGGAGAGGACCUGCAGGGUGGGAGAGACGGAAGAGGAGCUGCUUAGGAAACCAGUAAAGAGACGCAGAGGUCGUCCACGACUAGAGAAAAACAUGUACAGAGACAAUCACUGGAACGAAGGGGCCGGUGUGCUAGUGAAGAAACCGGGCAGACCUCGAGCAGUAAAGCGCAAGAAGGGCUGGCCCAAAGGAGUGAAACGGGGGCCUCCAAAAUGGCGUCUGAAGAAGGAGAGGAAGAUGGGAUUCAAGCUGAACCUGUACACACCCCCGGAGACGCCGCUGGAGGCCGAGGAGCCCCACAUCCAGGCCGAAGAGCCAAAGGAGGAGCUGGACCAGGCCUCUCCCAUCACGGAGGCAGGGUUAGAGCCCGGCAGAGGCUUGGCCAGCCGGGAGAUGGACAAGAAGCUAGCCCUGGAGCCUUCAGAGCCCCAAAGUCCCAUGGAGGAAGAGCACUCCCCUGGGUUGUCUCCUGUGACUUCUCCCAUGGCCUGUUCUCUGGUAGCCUCCCCUAUAGCCUCUAGAGCUAGCUCCCCCAUCUGCUCCCCCAUCUGCUCCCCCAUCUGCUCCCCCAGUCGUGACAACAGUCAGGAGGUGUCAGAGCCACCAGAGGAUGACCCACAGGACAAGGAGCACGGGGCCUCUCCAUCCCCCUCUAUGUCUCCACCCAAAGAGCUGAAACACAGCACUGAACAAUCAGCUGAGGAGGAAGAGGCCACGCACCUGGAUGCGGACGAUGAAGACGAAAGUCACAUUGAGUCGACAGCAGAGCUAGAGAAACACGAAGACGUGCAGCAGCUGGAGCCAGGACCUUGUAAAGAGCCUCCUAAAGCCCAGUCCUACAUCACACCGGCUUUUCUCCAUCUGAACCGUGAGGAUUCUGAACAAUGUCAGGAGGAGGAGUCCAUAGUCGUGGCUUAUAGGUGCGAGCAGCCUGCCAACACCGGAGAAGAGAGAAGCAAACAUAUCCAGGAACAGGCACCUACAACAUCAGCAGCAGUAGCUGUAGUCUCUGACCACCCUGUUGACUCAGAGAGCAGCAGUCUGGAGGCUCCUCACCAGCCACAGCAGACACAGAACGCUAGAGAGACGCUUGGAGCGCUGAGUCCUGCUGUCGUACUAAGAGACAGAGAGGAGAACAGAGAGGAGAUGGAUCCCCCGGUGUACCCUGAGCCUGAUGUGGACCAGGAGACGGCCCAGGCCGUACAGAGCCUCACCCAGGAGACGGCCCAGGCCGUACAGAGCCUCACCCAGGAGACGGACCAGGCCGUACAGAGCCUCACCCAGGAGACGGCCCAGGCCGUACAGAGCCUCACCCAGGAGACGGAGCGCGACCCAGAGACAGAUAGCGUCAGCAGUGUUUUCCACCAGGACUGUGUGGAGAGAGAGACCCAGGAGGCAUGCCGGAGCCUACAGACUUACACCCACCACGUGACCCCCCAGAGUCCCCCUCACACCCUAACUUCACUGGAUGAAGGCUGCCCCCAGUCUGACCACAGCAGCCCCCUGUCCUCGGCCCACUCACACCCCAGCCAGUCAGUGCGCUCCGUCAGCAGUCCGGCUGUGUCCAUCCUGGAGAGUAGUGGAGGCAGCGUUCCGGCUGUGUCCACCCUGGAGAGUAGUGGAGGCAGCGUUCCGGCUGUGUCCACCCUGGAGAGUAGUGGAGGCAGCGUUCCGGCUGUGUCCACCCUGGAGAGUAGUGGAGGCAGCGUUCCGGCUGUGUCCAUCCUGGAGAGUAGUGGAGGCAGCGUUCCGGCUGUGUCCACCCUGGAGAGUAGUGGAGGCAGCGUUCCGGCUGUGUCCAUCCUGGAGAGUAGUGGAGGCUACACCCAGAUUAGCCCAGACCACGCCUCCAUCUCUGUCCCCUCCUCCCUACACAACAUGGCAACCAGCCCCAUGAUGGAUGUGCCGUCAGUGUCAGACCACUCGUCCCAGCAGGUGGUGGACAGCGGCUUCAGUGACCUGGGCUCCAUCGAGAGCACCACAGAGAACUACGAGAACCCCAGCUCCUAUGACUCCACUCUGGGGGGCAGCAUCUGCGGUGGGGCCGGGGGUCCCUCUCAGAACAGCUGCUCCUACGGGCCCCUCCCCCCUAGCGGCCUGGCGCAGAGCAGCUGUGCCGUCAACCCUGGCAGCUGUGGUAUGAUUCAGCAGAAUAACCUGAGCUCCCCACAGCACUGCAACGUCAAGUCACCACAGGGCUGUGUGGGAGUGGUGGAGAGACCACCGAGUCACAGCCAACACAGUCACAGCCAACACAGUCACAGUCAUACAAUCCCACACAACCCCUAUGGCCAUACUAGGCACACAAUCACUCCACACAGUCUGCCUCACGGUGCGCCACACAAUCAACACAGCCAGCUAACGCAACACAACCCAUACACACACCCUGCACACAGCCAGCUACAUAGUGUACGACACAAUCAGCUCAGCCAGCACGGUCAACACACCCUUCACACUCAACACGGCACCAGCCAGCACAGCCACUGUCAACAGCAGACCAUGGCACAGUGUGUCAUUCCCACCAACUUCACAGUGCCCAUGCAGCUAGCUGACAGCCCAGAUUCAGGCAGCUCCAACCUGAGCAGCUUCUACGACAGGAUGAACCAGGAGGGCUAUAGCAGCGGUCAUUACUCCCAGCCCUCGGCCACCUUCAGCCUGGCCAAACUACAACAGUUGACCAACACCCUGAUCGACCACCCUCAUUCGCUGCCUUUCAACCACCCUCAUUCAGCCUCCCAUCCCCACCCCCAUCCCCACUCAACCUCCCACCCCCACUCAGCCUCCCACCCCCACUCAGCCUCCCACCUCCACUCAGCCUCCCACCCCCACUCAGCCUCCCACCUCCACUCAGCCUCCCACCUCCACUCAGCCUCCCACCUCCACUCAGCCUCCCACCUCCACUCAGCCUCCCACCUCCACUCAGCCUCCCACCCCCACUCAGCCUCCCACCCCCACUCAGCCUCCCACCCCCAAUCAGCCUCCCACCUCCACUCAGCCCCCCACCCCCACUCAGCCUCCCACCCCCACACCAUCACAUCCUAUACAAACAGUGCCUCCCUGUCAUCGCACUCUCAGCACUCUGGCCUGGUGUCUCUAUCUCAGUCCCCACAUCCCCAUGUCCCCCACGGGGUCACUCCUCACCCUGGGGCCUCCCAGGUCCAAGUACAGGCCACCAUGACACCCCCUCCGCCCUCCUCCCACCCCCUUAGCUCCCCUCAGAUGAUGCUGCAACGCAACGCCAUGGGUAUCCCCAACAUCACCCCUUCCCAGAAGACUCUACAGGCUCAGAUGGCCUCCGGGGGACACAAGGGCCCCACACACAUCUCCAUGCGCUCCAAGUCAGCGGCCCCUGGUCUCUCCGCCCACCAGCAGCAGAUGUACAGCCAUGCCCACGGGGCCCCCCAGACAGUCUCCAUGCAGGCCCCCUCAUCCCGGACACUUGCUGCCAUGCCCAGGGGCAUGAACAUCAUGCCCGCCUCCUACAACCACGCUGUGAACAUGCCCACUGCCGCCGCCAUCAACCACGCCAUGAAUGGCUACCGCGUCAACGGUGGUUACCCCGGCAGCCAGAUGUCGAGUCAACAGAUGGCUGCGGCCUACAUGAACCAGUCGCCCGGGUCCCAGUACGCCUCUAUGCAGAUGGGCAUGAUGGGAACGCAACCAUACCCACAACAGCCCAUGCAGGCUCCGCCCCACGGCAACAUGAGGUUCUCUUCAGCUGGUCACCAUGGAUACAUGACCAACGCCGGACCGAUGUCCAAGCAGACACUCAAAGGGCCUUUCAUCAGACGGUAACCCACGGUUACUAACAUAACAGUUAACUAACAGUUAACGAAACGAUAACUACCGACAGACUGAAUCAAUCUGACUGGAUGUUUAAAUCACACAAAUGUGCAUUAUUAAUUAUUAUUCUUAUUACUAUUAGUCCCUGAUGCACACAUUUGGCCUUUUUGGUUGUUGAUAAUGUUUGUUUGUUGUAAUUUUGUUAAUAGUUGCUUAAAAACCAGCACUUGGAAAGAAUGCAUCAAGUUUGAUCAACAAGCAAACUUUCUACAAAAAGCUACUAUCUAUGUCAAAGUAUUUUUGUUCCUAACAGAUGGGAAGCCUUACGUCAUAAAGAUGAACAUUUAUUUAAUUAGUAUUAGUUUCCCUGAUCAGUCCGUAGGGCAGGCAGGGUAGGGGGCCGGGGGGGGGAGACGGGCGAGAGAUUUCAUCACCUGGAGGGAGAGCGUGAGUGUAGUUAUGUAGCAGCCUCAAAACGAAGCCAUCUAAUGUGCCUGCUACAAACAGACUUAAACAAGUGGAUAUUCCUAGAACCUGUUCAGUGUACCUGUCUAACAGUGCUGACAAUUAGUUUGUACUAUACUCAUGCCUUUGUAUAUUUAAAUUAUUGUAGUUAUUUUGUAAAGUGACAAUUAGCAUGCAUCGGUCUUCGGUCUCCAUUAGUAACAGUGUUGUGCUUAAUAGCAAGACAUUUUAAAGACAUUUUGGCCUUUUGUUAGGUUCCCCUCGCUUACAAAGCGGGGGAGAAAGAUGAAACUAUAUUUUGUUAAUUCUAAUAAUACUGUAAAAAAAACAAAUGUGUCAACUUCUUUAAUCCUGUUGUUCUGUACGGUUGAGAGGUUUUAUUACCAUAUAUGUAUAAUUCUGAAGUCUUUUCUAACAGAUAUCUUUGAGGCAGUGUUCUGUUUUAUAAUACAGGAGACUUCUGGCAAGAUAAAUAAGCAUAUUGCACCCCUCACUCUGAUUUUGUUUUUAAAUUUCAGAGGUGUACCAAUGUCGAAAAGUGUUAACAAACAAAUACAAAUAAAUAAUAAAGAAAUAUAAAUUUAGUCCAAAGUUGAUAUUUUACAAUUUCUUUUAAAAAAGUUACAUUUUCAUUCCAUCUGUAGAUUUGUUUUCUAUCUUGAUAAAAUGUUGGAUUUAUAUUUUACAAAGUGUAGGAGAAGAGAGGAUGUAAAUAUACCAAACUAAGCUAACAGAUUGCAUGUAAAAAGCCACUUGUGUUUUUGUUAAUAUUGCUCUUUUGUAGCCUUUGUAUCUGUUCAGAACGACUGGUAGGGACAGUCACAGGGGGAGACCUGGCUAUGUGCACAAACAAUUGGACAGAAUGACAGUCUUGUAUUUAUGACUUUUCUCCUUUGGCAGUCACUUAUAAAUGCUGUACAUUUUAGCAUAAAAUAAAUGAUGAUUGACCAUG